AUGCCUCAUCUUUGUUCUGAAUGUGGGAAAAGAUUUUUACAUGCAUGCCAGCUUCAGCGGCACAUCAGAACUCAUACUGGAGAGAAACCCCAUUGCUGUUCAGAAUGUGGCAAACUAUUCUCCCGUAACAGUACUCUUCAACAGCACACACACCUUCACGCUGGACCUCAAGAGAAGCCAUACUGCUGUUCUAAAUGUGGCAAAAAGUUAUCCGACAGGAGCGCUAUUCGGAUGCACACACGGAUACAUACUGGAGAGAAGCCAUAUUGCUGUUCUGAGUGUGAAAAAAGAUUUUCUCAAAGCAACCAUCUUCAGAAACACAGACAAAUUCACACCGGAGAGAAGCCAUUUUGCUGUCCCGAAUGUGGCAAAUGA